UUCAUUUUUUUUUUUUGUUUCUCUUUUAUAGACAAUUGACACAUUGAAAAAGGAGAAUUUUGGGCUAAAAAUGAAGAUUUAUUAUCUGGAAAAACGACUGGAUGAACUCUCACCUGAUCAAAAUGAUCUUGCCAUUCGGGAGAAUAUUGAUUUGAAAGUGAACAUACAAACCUUGGGUCAAGAAUUGAAGAAAUACAAAAAUAUGAUAUUGGAAUUAAAUCAAGCCAUGGCCAUGUUACAACAACAACCUUGUCCUCAACCUCACGGAAUGUCUGAAGAAGAACAAUUGGAAUAUGAAAAUGCUUUAACUUCAGCGGACGCUUAUCGAUUAGAGAAUGAUCAACUGCAAAAAUUAGUCUCCGAACAACGAAUGGAAAAUGCAAGAUUACGAUUGAUAUGCUCUCAAAAACUUGGUAAUACUUCUUCAGCUUCAACGACUGGUUUGAAUGGUUCCAACAAUAACAGCAACAAUGUCAUCAGGUCACAAUCAUCUUCUACUUCUUCUUCUUCCUCUUUACCUGGCAUACAACAACAAAAUCAAAAUCGUCAUUUACAACAAUCAUCACUCUCACCUUCUUCAUCAUCAUCAGCAACACCAUCUUCUUCAUCUUCCUCCAACAAAGAUAAGGAAAUGUUGGAACGAUAUAAAAAGAGUUGGAUGCAGGCUAAACAAACUAUUCAAGAUCAAAACAAUACAAUUCAACAAUUACGAGAUACCCUUCAACGCACUACAUUAGCAUCAUCAUCAGCAUCAUCUACAUCAUCAUCAGCAGCAUCAUUGGAAGAAGAAAGGAGACGAGGAAACAACAAUCGACGGUGGCUUGAAUUAGAACAAAGUUUAACACAUACAAGGGAACGCAACCGUGAUCUGUUAACAAAAUUACGACAAAAAUCCAACGAAACAGAUCGACUACGUGCAGAUCGAGAUGACCUUGCCAACCGCAUAGAAGAAUUAAAACAACAAUUACACGAUAAGAGCCUUGAGUAUGACGAACUGAUACUACAAAUGGACGAACAACAACAUGCGGAUGACAGAAACAACAGCAGUAAUAAAAAGGCCAAGAAACUUUUACAACAACAAUACAAUGAUUUAGAACAGAAUCACAGGGCAUUACAGUUGGACUAUGCAGAUAUGGAAGAACAACGCUAUGCUGAUCAACAAAAAGCUCAUCGAUUGCAAAGUGAGCUAGAGCAACGCGAACAUGACCUAGAAACGUUGGAAGAAGAAAUGGUAAAACUGGUUGCGCAUGCCGAGGAUCUGGAGAAGCAAUUAGAGGAAAAUAAGCAAGCAUUGGAACAACAACAACAAGAAUCUGCACGCCGUUUGGAUGAAGAAAAACAACAACUGAUGCACGCCUAUCUUCAGCAAGAUGAACUUGUGAAUGGAUUAGAAACCAAGUUCUCAACACUUAUGACCAAAGCCUUGGAACAGAAACAAGAACAUUAUCGUCAACGUGAAGCUGAAUUGAUCAAUACCCAUACACGUGUCCAAGAUGAAGCCAAACAACGUUAUGAAGAUGAUCUACAGUUACUGGAAGUCAAAUUUAAUCAAGUCGAACAAUCCAUUCGGGAACGAGAUGUGCGUAUCGCUGCCUUGGAAGGUCAUCUUGAAGCUCAAACAGAUGCCACUGAUCGUGAAAAACUCAUCUAUCAGGAAGAAAUUAAGGAAUUGGAAGCUGAAGUACAACAGCUCACCACCAAAUUGAAAGAAUUAGAACAUCAACGGGAAGAAGAUUAUCAAAAUGAUGAUCAACAAGAAAGAGAUCAAUCUGUCAAUCAUCAAGAUACAUUGUUAGCAAAGCAGGUAAAAAAAAAAAAAAAAAAAAAAAAAAAGAUAAAAAGAAAAAAAGAAAGAAAAAUAUGUAAUUACUGUAGGAAAGAAAAAGGAUUGCUUAAUUUUUUUUUAAUAUUGUUAAAUAGGAGGAACUCGAAACACAAAUUCAAUCAUUACAAGAACAUCUUCAAGAAGCUGAUGAUCGCUUGAAACGAGAUCGACAUGCCGCCAACCAAGCUUUGAAUGAUUAUAUGAAAUCACAACAUUUAUUACAACAAAAAUUAGAUGCUGUACGAAAACGAAAUGAACUCUUGACCAGUUUACUUGAUCAAUACCAAAAUCCAUCCGAGGUAUAUAUAUAUAUA